GGGAGAUCGUGGAGUCCUGCACUCGAACCAUGGCGGCCUCUAGAUGGCAGCGACUGAACUUAUUCCGGAAGGAUCGUCAGGACUCUGCUGACAGCUCAUCGAAGCGGCAAGAACCGUCUAAGGCAUCGGCCCAUGGCCUCAAGAUCGUGGCGGAGGGAGAGCAGCCGAUCAUUGUUGCCGUCCAUGGCUUGAACGGACACCGCGACGAGACGUGGACGGCAGCGAACGGCACCCACUGGCUCCGCGAUCUCCUACCAAAGGACAUCCCAAAUGCGCGCAUAUUCUGCUGGGGAUACGAUGCGAACACGCACGGCAAGCGCGUUAGCCACCAAUUCCUCCACGAUCAUGCCGAGCAGCUAGUGUCCGACCUCUGCCUUAGGAGAAAGCGUACAAAUACCAUGAAACGACCAAUAGUCUUCGUGGCGCACAGUCUGGGUGGCAUUAUCGUCAAAGGCGCUCUUAUUCACUCGGACGCGGCGCGGAAAGGCGCACUAGACGAACAUCGAUCGAUUAAGACGUCGACGUACGGAAUCAUUUUCAUGGGCACACCUCACCAGGGCGGCAACGGAGUGCAGUUUGGAAAGCUGCUGGUGAAUGUGGCAUCGGUAUACAAGGCCACCAACAGCCGGCUGCUAGAGCAUUUGGAGCGAGACUCGGAAUGGCUCCAGCAGCAGCUUAGACAGUACGGGCCGAUCAGUGGGGAGUUUAUGACAAAGUUUGCGUACGAGGAGUACGAGACUCCGACAGCGCUGGGUCAUUCAAUCAUGGUGGUGCCAAAAGCAUCUGCGGUCGUUCCAGGCGCAGCCGACGCUGAGCAGAUCAUGAUCCACGCGGACCACAAAGAAAUGGUCAAGUUUGAGUCAAAAGAGGAUAAUGACUAUGAGAAAGUUUCAGACCAUUUAACUAUUAUGGUUGAAAGUGCAGGCAGCGUUAUCGGCCUACGGUGGGAAGAAGAGGUUAGGGUUGAUGCGGGUAUGUAG